GCAGUGCAAGACACCUCAUACUGUAUCAUCAUAGACCCUUCUUCGCUUAUCUCCGUCAGGGGCUAGAUCAAGCGUUAAAAUCAGUCCGAUGAGACUAUAUAAUUCACCCCAUUCACGCUAGUCACGCUCCCGUUGUCCUGUUUUACUUAUCGCCCUACGACACGGCAAGAAUUCUGGCUUGCAUCGUUCAAGGACAGAGAGAGGAAGAGCCCAAGGGAGAGGGGCACUGAAGCAAAGCCGGCUUGUGAACGGGAGUCGCCAGGUUCUGAAUUCAGGCAUCUUAGCAGGUUUGAUCAUACUGAACUGAGCUUAAAGAAGAAUCAUACUGAACUGAGCUUAAAGAAGAAUCAUAUUGAACUGAGCUUAAAGAAGAGUGAGAUCACAAUUCUUUCCUGACCAACAAAAGGAAAUACAUAAUGAAGACCUUAGACAUUUUCCUUCUGCCCACUGUGCUCCUCAUGUUCCUUUUCCACUGCUGUCUUGCACAAAGUGAAUCUGACCUCAUAGUAACAACAAGGUUGGGCCGUGUGCAGGGUGUACGCUUGCCUGUUCCAGACCGGAAUCAUGUGAUCACUUUCUUGGGCAUUCCAUAUGCUGAACCUCCUAUUGGGAAGAGGCGUUUCAAGCAAGCAGAGCCCAAAAAGCCUUGGAAUGGUGUCUUUGAGGCAAGAGACUACCCAAAUGCCUGCUAUCAGUCUGUAGACACCACCUACCCAGGCUUUCCAGGUAGCGAGAUGUGGAACCCCAACAGAAUGAUGAGUGAGGACUGCCUGUACCUUAAUGUGUGGGUGCCUCCUUCCCCUAGGCCACAAAACCUCACAGUAAUGGUCUGGAUAUAUGGUGGUGGCUUUUAUAGUGGUUCCUCCUCUCUUGAUGUCUAUGAUGGCCGGUACUUGGCUAACUCUGAAAAGGUAGUAGUUGUAUCUAUGAACUAUCGUGUUGGAGCUUUUGGAUUCCUUGCACUCAACGGCUCAUCAGAAGCACCGGGAAAUGUGGGUCUCCUUGACCAGAGGAUGGCCCUCCAAUGGGUGCAAGAUAACAUUCACUUCUUUGGAGGUAACCCAAAACAGGUCACCAUUUUUGGAGAAAGUGCCGGUGGAGCCUCAGUGGGGAUGCAUCUUCUGUCACCAGGCAGCCGCCCAUAUUUCACACGUGCCAUAAUGCAGAGUGGUGUUCCUAAUACCCCCUGGGCUACUGUUAGCUUUGAUGAGGCCCGUCGGAGAGCCACCUUGCUGGGCAGUCUCAUUGGAUGCAGUGAAGGUAAUGACACCGAGCUGGUUGACUGCCUGAGGAACAAAGAGCCAGAGGAUCUAAUUAAUAUGGAGUGGAGAGUACUCCCCUAUAACAGCCUGUUCCGCUUCUCCUUUGUACCAGUCAUAGAUGGCGUGGUGCUCCCUGACACCCCUGAUGCCAUGCUCAGCUCAGGGAACAUUAAAUACACUCAAAUCCUCAUGGGUGUAAAUCAGGAUGAAGGAUCUUACUUCUUACUUUAUGGUGCACCAGGAUUCAGUAAAGACAAUGACAGUUUAAUAUCACGAGAAGACUUCCUCCAAGGUGUGAAGAUGGGUGUUCCUCAUGCUAAUGAGAUUGGCUUGGAGGCAGUUAUCCUUCAGUACACUGACUGGAUGGAUGAGAACAACCCUCAAAAGAAUCGAGAUGCCAUGGAUGAUAUUGUAGGAGAUCAAAAUGUUAUUUGUCCUCUACAACACUUUGCAAGAUCGUAUGCCCAGCACACUGGUGUCCAUACCCAGGCAGCAGCAGCUGCACAAGGGACACUGGGCUGGGGAAACUUAGGAUCAACAGGCUACAACAGUAACUCACAUGGUGCUGUGUACCUCUACUUGUUUGACCAUCGAGCCUCUAACCUGGCCUGGCCUGAGUGGAUGGGUGUAAUUCAUGGUUAUGAGAUUGAGUUUGUGUUUGGCCUGCCUUUAGAGAAAAGGCUCAAUUACACAGCAGAGGAAGAGAAACUCAGCCGACGUAUGAUGAAAUACUGGGCCAAUUUCGCCCGCACUGGUAAUCCCAACAUUAACAUUGAUGGCACCAUAGAGAGUCGAAGACGGUGGCCUCAGUUUACAGCUAAUGAGCAGAAGCAUGUGAGUUUGAAUACAGAACCACUGAAGGUGUACAAGGGUCUAAGAACGCAGGUUUGUGCUCUGUGGAACCGCUUCCUGCCUCGUCUACUUAACAUCACAGACAACAUCGAUGAUGUUGAGCAACAGUGGAAAGUGGAAUUUCACCGCUGGAGCUCUUACAUGAUGCACUGGAAGAGCCAGUUUGACCAUUACAGCAAGCAGGAGCGCUGUACAGAUCUCUAGAUAAAUCUGACAUGAACGUAAGAGAGUGCAGAUAAAAAAAAAAAAAAAAAAGGAAAACUGAUGACCAUAUCACUUAAUAGUCUUUUUUCAGAAUGGCAAAGGUUCCCAAAGCUCAAUUAAAUCAUGUCGUUCAUUACUAUCUCUGAGUUAUGAAUGUUGCACUUAUGUUCUAUUUUGUUCUUCCCGUUGCAGGUUAUUGUUCUUAUCACACAAUUAUAUUACAUGCAAGGAGAGGAGGUGAAUGCAAGCUGCUAUAAAAGAUAAUAGUGCUAUGGUCAUCAAAAUGUAUGAAUCAAAAAAUUGUUGUAGUUGCAGUAUUACCUCUGAAAAGUGAGUGUGUUUGUCUGUCUGUCUGUUCCGCUGGAACAUGGAAACCCUCAUUCACUCUGGUCCUCAGGAUACCACACUUUUUAACUUUUUUUGGUUUUUAUGUUCUUGUAAGGCUUGAAUUAUUAUGGCUGCUUUACCGUGUGUUUCUCUCUUCUCCCUGUCUACCACAUCUAUUCAGCAUUUUGUGUUUUUUUUUAUCCCGGUUAUUGUGUGAACUUGACUACUGUCUCUGCUUUCUGACUGUGGGCCAACUCAAUAUACUUACUUCAUUCAGGAAUCAGGAGCCAUUUCAUUUCAUCUAUGCUGGCUAACUAUGUAUACUCAAUUGUGUUUUUGUGUGGGCAAGUAUGUGAUAUAAUGUACUGAUAUUUAAAACUUCUCAUUUUUAUUGCUACACGCAUUGCAUGCAUUCUGGUGCCCGCAGUAUGACGCUUGUAUUUAUGUGUGUUUGAGAGAAAGUGUGCGUUUACCAUAUACCAACUACAUGGGUCAGUUUGUGUGUCUGUAUGUACAAUACCACUUGUGAAUGCCACCUCUCCUUAAUUCAAGUUUCAUAUGGGAAUUUUUUAUGCUGUAGUGUUUUAUGCUAGAAAGAGAGAACGGUGAGUACGAGUAAUGUUGACUGUGUGCCAAAGGUUCAAUAUAAUUUUUUUCCUUGCUGUCUCCCUCUCUCGAUGGGAAAUGAUUCUCAUUACGAUAAUGGAGAGAGAGUAAUUUACUUAGUGCUCAUUCGAAAUGACAGCCUGCUGUAUCAGCCAUCUUAACUCCAGCCCCACCUUUACCCUUUUGAUGCAGUAGGAGGAUGAUGAAGGAAAACACAGGCAAUAAGGGAAGAUACAAGGACAAAAAGAAUACAGGGUUACAAAAGCCACUUCUGUCACAUAUUCUAUAUUUAUUGUAAUUGUAUAAUGUCCUUUUUUUUUUUUAAGUUAAUUAUUUGCAUGAUUGCAUAAAGUAUAAAAAGAGCUAAAAGUCAUGUGGUGUUUUUAGUUUGUUUAAAAUAGAGCAUAUAUAUAUAUUUUUUUUUUUUUUUUUUUUUAAUUAAGAUGGUGGAACUACAUACAUAUUUGUAUUUUGCCUGUGAAUCUGUAUCAAACAUUCUUUUAUAUUUUACUGAGUGAAUGUAUUGUAUUAUGGUCAUUAAUGCUCAUGUAUACAUUGUUCCAAUUUGCAUAUUCAUGUUUAUUAUGAACACGCUGAAUUUGUGAAUGCUAGUCUGUUUAUGCUGUCUCAUUAACCUUAUGUCAGCCUGCAUUUACUAAGGCUAUUUCAGUGUAUUUGUCCAGUACCAUUUACAGUAUCUACAGUUUUUUUCAGCACUGUGGAAGGGAUCUGACUCUGAGGAGACAGCAGGUCUUCCAGCACACAAAAUGACAGGUUGUCAUUAAGCAUUUAACCUCUGAAUAAGACUGAAGUAAUGUAGGUUAGCUGCAAAAAAAGAAAGAAAGAAAGACAUUUUGAAUAGAAUAUUAUCUUGUUCUAUUUAUAAAUGUUGGAUCAGAUGAAAAAGAAAAUGUAAUGCGAGUAUAGUAUGACUAUAGUAAGAUUAUGUGUGCUUGUUUAUGGGUUUGAAUGACAGCUGCUCUUGCACAGUGAGAGGUCUACCCAUCUCUUGCACCCCAUGAAAUCCCCUUGUGCAUGUCCCAGACUCCUCCACUAUAUUCUGUGCUUUAAAAAUUGACUGUUAUCUUCUCUGACAAUAUUAGUGCUGAUGCCUAUUAAUGAUAUUACAAGUUUAUAGCUAUAAAACAUUGCUAGCCCAGAGAUAAAUAUUGAUGUUAGCAAUAACAAAGUACACUUAUAAUGGAAUAUAGAUUUAAUUGCAUUGAAGCUCAUGUAAUAAUGUCACUGACAUUGGACAGCAAUGAUCAUGGAUAUUGUAACUGAUUUUAAAUCAGUGGUUUUGUCAAAACAAUAUAGAGUGCCAUAUGCUACCUUACAGAUAUUGUUCUUUAGUGUUGAAUAUGGAAUCACUUUGGUUUAUGUAAGUUGCAUUUAACAUUAAGAGCAGCUUUUCAUGUGAUUAUUUCAUGCAUUUUUAAGCAAAUUAUUAAUCAUUUUUAAUUAUUGAAAUUAUGUUGCCAGCAAGGACACCUGCCUCCCGAUUACAUCACGAAGAGACAAUAUUCUCUCUGACAAAUCCAUAAGGUUCUACCCCACAAAUAUGUAGAACAUUGCAUUUGAACAUUGUUCUGCAGUUGUUGCACUUUGACAACAUACCUGUAAUAAUAAUUAUUGUUGUUCUUUUUAUCAUUAUUUAUUAAUUAUUGUCAAGAUAUUGCCUGCUGUGUCAAAUUAGUGCCAAAAAAGUAUUGUGACAGCAUCGUGCAAAUCCUCUGCAUGGUGUUACUUAUCCGCCCACUCUGGAUAACAUACCAAUAGCUGUCCACCGCAACCUCAAUAAACAGUUAUUAACUUAAUUACAUUAGA